AUGUCUACUUUUCUUAUAUAUUUAUUUUCUCUUUCACUUUCAACCUUUUUUUUCUCUCUCUGUCUCAACUCCACUAUGAAUGGUGCUUGGCCCUUUAUGUCCUGUAUACAUAUUCAGGAUAAUGUUCUCAACAUGUGGCAUAGAAUCCAGGGCCAAUUCCGACACAUCCAAAUCAAAGAUGAUGAUUCAAGCAACUUAAAACACAGCAUUGUGCAAACGCUUGUGUCUCCACCAGGACCGCUACCGUCCACAUCGUCUCGCACUCCAGCUAGUCCAGCGAGGGGCAGCUUUAGCCGAAAGUACAGCCUCAUCAAAGAAGAGUCAGUUGAAGAAGAAGGCAGCUGUGAGGAGGUUGAGUUUAAGAGUGUGCGUUCUGCAGAAAAUUUGAUGGACUCCAACAAACGAGCUUCAUCUGUUGAGCACAUGUUUUCUUUAGACACAUCAGCUGUUCGUCGACCUCUUCACUCGGUGGCCAGCUCUCCACAGCUUCUUAAUCAGAUCUCAGAAGAACGUGAAUCAGAUGAAGAGGAAGACAUUCCUUUGACAAUGCUGCCUACUUCUUUGUCAUCCUCUGCUUCCUCCAAAGUGGCCUCUCGGAACAUUUAUGGCUGUCGUGCCAAUAUGGCUUCACCUGAAGUUCUGCAUAAAUACGAGCAGCACAAGAAGCGGCGUGGCACUGGUCAACGGGGCACAAGUUGCAGCAGCUCUGAUGCUAGUGACACAGAUGAUACAGACAGCAUUGCUCGCAAAGACAAAUUGAAGCACAAGUUUGCAACACGACGUGACAGUAGUGACCAUUCUAGUGACAAUGAUGGCCCAGGUGGGAUUGGUGGGAUGUCUGGGGGUCCUCGCCCUUUAGGGCAAGGCGGUACCACUGGAAGCAACAGGCAGAACAAUAAGCCAAAUAACAGCAACCAGCAAGAUAAAUCCUCUGAUAACAAAGGGAACAGAGGUUCCAGUGGAAAGAGUUCGAAAGGCAAUGACCCCAACAGUGAAAGCUGCAACCAUGACUGUGACAGCAAUGGCGACAGCAACAUUGGUGGAGGAAAUCAACCACAGGCAGUUCUUGCCAACUCCAACUCUGGCUGCAGUUCACGAUUGAGUGGAAUAAGCAUCAAUAGCUGUGAGAUGAAAAACUCAAAUUCUUUGGUGUCGUCCAACAACAGCUUCUCAAAGCUGUGCAUUGAGGACAAUCUGUGCUCUGAGCAGCAGGACUGCAAGCGAGUGAAACAAGGACCCCCUAAUGACUUGGAUGUGAACUAUCUGAAUGAACUCAAUGCUCAGAUCUGGGAGGUGAAAUCCCGGGCUAACAAUGACUGUAAAGAAACGUCAAAGGCACCAUUGCCUGAGGAUGUGUUGUCUAUAUGCUCGGCAGAUUGUAGCUUGCACAUUCGAAAAGGCAAACGGUUUGGUCGCCGCAUCAAGACAGACAUCAACCGGAAUGGCUUAAAGCCUGGCUUCUGCAAGAUGGCUGGCUCCUCAAAGUCUAGCAAUUCAGUCAAGGUAGAGACCAAAUGCUGUUCACUGGUCUAA